AUAUCAGUACUAAAAAUUCUCCAAAGCAUCAAUAUGGAAUUGUCUAAGAUUUCAUUCGCUCUCAUUUCCUUCACAGCCAUUGCCCUACUCCAUUCCAUUCAUGCCCAAGACUCACCGCAAGACUAUCUUGAUGCCCACAACGCAGCUAGAGCUGCAGUGGGUGUUGGGCCCUUGACAUGGGAUGACCAAGUAGCGCGUUUUGCACAAGACUAUGCCAAUACCCAUGUAGGUGACUGCCAACUCGUCCAUUCCGGUGGGAAAUACGGUGAAAACCUUGCGAUGAGCUCCGGCGACUUGUCGGGCACAGAUGCCGUCAACUUGUGGGUGGGAGAGAAGGCCGACUAUGAUUACAACUCGAAUACUUGCGCCGCUGGCAAGGUUUGUGGACAUUAUACGCAGGUCGUUUGGCGCAACUCGCUACAUGUUGGGUGUGCUAAAGUGAGGUGCAACAGUGGAGGUACCUUUAUUGGGUGCAACUAUGAUCCCCCGGGCAACUAUGUUGGGGAAAAACCUUACUGAGCUAUUUUGAGAAGCACUCAGUAUUUUAUGGAGUAUGUACUUCAAAGAAUAAGAUGGAAGAUGUAACUGUAUCAUUCCUCGUAGAAUGUCAUCUUAAUCACGUAUUGGAAUAAAUUCUUAUGCGUUUUGAUGCUAAA